CAGCAAAGCGGCGGCGCAGGUCUGCAGGCUGCGCUCAGCGUUCGGAGCCCUCACGCCUCACGGUGACAGGGAUGCCUUUUCUCCACUUGCACAAAAUGAGCGUGAGGUGGUUAGCCAGACCAGGAGCUCAGUCUCACACAGACUCCAGCUUAUUGCUCUGAUGCCGAAGGGGAGGCCUGAAGUGCCACACUUGGAAGCCCCCCUGGGCCUGCCCUCCUGCCCCUGGCUGCAAUUAGCCGGACUCUUCUUGCUGGUUCCCUGGGUCAUGGGCCUGACAGGGACAGAAGGGCCUGCAGCCCUGAGUCCUGGGGGGCUCAGCUGGGCGGUGCAUCUGCGUAGUCCAGAAGGUGAGGGAAAGGAAGAGACUCUGGAACAGCAAGCAGAGGCCUUGGCCCAGGCUGCAGGGCUUGUGAACGCUGGGCGCAUUGGGGAGCUCCACGGACACUACCUUUUUGUCCAGCCAGCUGGGCCCAAGCAGGACCAGCAGGGAGAGGCCAUUAGGCAGCAGGCAGAGGCUGUGCUGGCCGGGCAUGAAGCCGUGCACUGGCAUUCGGAACAGCGGCUGUUAAAGCGAGCCAAACGCAGCGUCCACUUCAAUGACCCCAAGUACCCACAGCAGUGGCACCUGAACAACCGGCGCAGCCCCGGCAGGGACAUCAAUGUGACAGGUGUAUGGGAGCGCAAUGUGACCGGGCGCGGGGUGACCGUUGUAGUAGUGGACGACGGGGUGGAGCACACCAGCCAGGACAUUGCCCCCAACUACAGCCCAGAGGGCAGCUAUGAUCUCAACUCGAAUGACCCAGACCCCAUGCCUCACCCAGAUGUGGAGAACGACAAUCACCACGGCACGCGGUGCGCGGGCGAGAUCGCGGCGGUGCCCAACAACAGCUUCUGUGCCGUGGGAGUGGCCUACGGCAGCCGCAUUGCAGGUAUCCGGGUACUGGAUGGGCCGCUGACCGACAGCAUGGAGGCUGUGGCGUUCAACAAGCACUAUCAGAUCAAUGACAUCUACAGCUGCAGCUGGGGCCCAGAUGAUGACGGGAAGACAGUGGAUGGACCCCAUCAUCUUGGAAAGGCCGCCUUGCAGCACGGGGUGAUGGCUGGCCGCCAGGGAUUUGGGAGCAUCUUUGUGGUCGCCAGCGGCAAUGGGGGCCAGCACAACGACAACUGCAACUAUGACGGCUACGCCAACUCCAUCUACACAGUCACCAUAGGCGCUGUGGACGAGGAGGGGCGGAUGCCUUUCUAUGCAGAGGAGUGCGCCUCCAUGCUGGCAGUCACUUUCAGUGGCGGGGACAAGAUGCUGCGCAGCAUUGUGACCACAGACUGGGACCUUCAGAAGGGCACAGGCUGCACUGAGGGCCACACGGGGACCUCUGCCGCGGCCCCUCUGGCGGCUGGCAUGAUAGCUCUGAUGCUGCAGGUGCGUCCCUGCCUCACGUGGCGCGAUGUCCAGCACAUCAUUGUCUUCACAGCCACCCAGUACGAGGACCGCCGCGCGGAUUGGGUCACCAACGAGGCCGGCUUCAGCCACAGCCAUCAGCAUGGAUUCGGCCUGCUCAAUGCUUGGAGACUUGUUAAUGCAGCCAAGGUGAACAGGCACUCGCGGGUCUGGGCAGCCUAUGUAGAGUGCCUUGGAGAGGCGGCUCAUGCCAGCACCAUUGCCUGCUGCCCAGCCUGCCUCCCCACAGUCAGCAGGACGGACCUGGAGCUGUCGGGCCUGAAGACGCUGGAGCACGUGGCUGUGACGGUGUUUGCCACCCACCCGCGGCGCGGCAGCCUGGAGCUGAAACUCUUCUGCCCCAGUGGGAUGAUGUCCCUGAUCGGCGCCCCCCGCAGCAUGGACUCGGACCCCAACGGCUUCAACGACUGGACCUUCUCCACUGUGCGAUGCUGGGGGGAGAGCGCGAGAGGGACCUACAGACUGGUGAUCAGGGACAUAGGAGAUGAACCCGUCCCGGCCGGCCUCCUGUGGCGGUGGCAGCUGACGCUGUUUGGCUCUGUGUGGAGUGCAGUGGACAUCAGGGACAGACAGCGGCUGCUAGAAAGGGCCAUGAGCGGGAAAUACCUACAAGACGGCUUCUCGCUGCCCUGCCCCCCGGGGCUGAAGAUUCCAGAGGAGGAUGGCUACACCAUCACCCCCAACACCCUCAAGACCCUGGUGUUGGUGGGCUGCUUCACCAUCUUCUGGACCGCUUACUACAUGCUAGAAGUGUGCUUGAGCCACCAGCGCGUGGCCUCUCGCGCCGGGGGUAGGCAUGGAGCCUGCCCCCGGCCCCACUGCAGCCGCAAAGCCAGGGAGGAGGGCACGGAGCUUGAGUCGGUGCCACUGUGCGCCAGCAAGGACCCAGGGGAAGUAGAAGCAGAGGGCGGGAGCCCUGCUGCCCCCUCGAACCCCCUUGUCCCGGACCUGCUGGACCAAGUACACUGGAGCCCACCCCAGCACGUGAAGUGUGCCGUGGAUGCCCCUCCUCAGCACCUGUUGCAGGGGAAGGAGCAGCAGAUGUGCUGAGCUCGGGGCCGGCAGCCUCCCCGUGGGACAGGCUCUUCCUUCCCCGAUGUGGGGGAGCUCCCAGACUCGCCGGGGCUCCAGGAGAAUAGUCCUGGUGCUUGUCCACAUCUGGAUGCCGAGGGCCACCUACCCACCAGCAGUCCCGGCCAGAGCCCCGGGGUGCCCUGCGUGGGACAGCAGCAGCUUUGGGUGCCCAGGGCUUGUUCCCAGGGGCAGGCCUCUGUCCUUGCUCCCCUCCUGGGGCAAACCGGAGGGAGGUGUUGGCAUGGGGACCUCACCCACCAUGGGCAUGGAGGGUCCACCCCGCCAGAAGAGCGUGUCAUCAGAAACUGGGAAGUCGCUUGGGAAGAGGGCUCAGUGGUGGCCGCUGGGAAGAGCCCCUGGACCUACUGUCCUUGAUUGUCCGAGGGCCUGUCCUCUCUUCCUUGCCUUCCUACGACUCGGAUGUUGCACUUGCUGGCAUGGCUCUUAGCCCUCAGCCCAGCAGACCGGCCUGAGAGCAGCUGCACCGCCCUCCGAGGCCCAGCCCCCUGCAGGGGCAUGAUGGGUACGAUGCCUCCAGCCAGGCCGGGCUGGACAGGGCCGCCUGGGCCCGGGCUGUGUCACCGAGGAAGUCCACAGUUGGGUUGCAGAGCCGGUGACAGAGAUGAGCCUCGGAAGCCGCUGCCACUCCAGGCCUGUGACCACCUGUCUUCUUCUGCAAAGCGCUCAGGGAAAUGGCCUUCCCCACGCGGAGGCCAGCUGAAAGACUGUGAGCCUCCCCUCUUCUGAGCUGACUGCUCGGUUGGAAUCUUCUCAUGCUUCAGAUCUGGGUUUCUCGCGUCACAGCAACAUUUUGUUGGGUUUUUUCUGCACAGCUUUUCCAAAAUAAAGACCUGCAGGCGAUUCUC